AAAAAAACAGGGCGGAUAUAUAGAUAAACAUGAUAUAAAUAUACAUCCUCCUCUCGCCACUACAUUUUCCCUUUGCUCGUUCGUUGCCUCAUUAUUUUCUGGCGAUGAUGCUACUGGUAAUCACAUGAAAACCGCCUCUCCGCUCUCCGCUCUCCGCUUCUACGUAGUGCUGAGCCCCGUCUAGACCACGAUACCCUCUUUCGCCCAAACCUUCCCUCGCUCGAUGUGAGAUAUCCGACGACGGCAUAGAGCUAUGGCUGGCCCACCCGCUGUGCUCAUUGUUGUGAGGCACGGAGCUCGUCUGGAUGCUGCAGACAAGCAGUGGCAUCUCAACUCCCCGACACCCUACGAUCCGCCACUCACCUACGGAGGAUGGACACAGUCAAGAGCCCUGGGCGCGAGGAUAGGCAACCUUCUCAACGCCAGAGAAGCCGGCCUGCAAAGAACGACGACAGACGAAAAUAAGGAUGGCAAGCCAGAGGCUGCCAAGCCGAAGAAAAAACAGCGCGUUGUAAUACACACCUCGCCUUUCCUCCGCUGCGUGCAGACCUCCGUGGCCAUCGCGUCCGGCAUCGCCCAGAACCCAGCGCGCAACCAUCCACGGCGGCCAACCGCGACACAGCUUUCGGAUGCUCCAGUAUUCCAGUCGACCUCUGUGUUCCAAUCAUCCCCGAGGAUCAGACCCAAAAUCAAGACUGAUUCUCCGAGGCUGGAGCCUAUAUUUGAGCCAGUGCCACCAGUGGCCACCAAGGACUCCCCGACGAUCAGCAAGGCUACGCUGCGCGUCGAUGCAUUUCUCGGAGAAUGGCUGUCGCCCGAUUACUUUGAGCAAAUCACCCCUCCUCCAAGCUCGGUGUUGAUGGUUGCAGGCGCGAAGGCGGAUCUCAUGCGCCGAGAGGACUAUUCAAACAUCACUCCCAGAGAGGCGACGGCCACUAGCGGGUUUCCAGGCGGAUGGGGAAGCCCAGUCAUAGCCCCUGACAGCGACAAAGAAGAUGCCAUGAUAUCUCCCAGGCAACCUGCCUCGCGGGACCGUAUCAACAGUGUGAGCGGCGUCAAUUCAACUACGAGUCGGAUCAGUGGGAGACCUAACACCAAGUUGUCAACCCCACAGAAUGGAGAGUGUGCUGCAUACGUCCCUCCGAUUCCCCACUACGCCGUGUCAGGGUCAGACCCUAUUCCAUCUGGCUAUGUCGCACAUGGCAAGGAUGCUUGUGUUGACAUCGACUUCCAAUGGGACAGUAUGAGGGAGCCGCAGAAUUGGGGAAACGGAGGCGAAUACGGCGAAGAAUGGAGCUCAAUGCACAAGCGCUUCCGCAGAGGCCUCGCACUGCUUGUCGAUUGGUACCGCCAAAAUGACGAGCCCAAAAGACGAACGUCAAGGCCCUCAACCAGCCAAGGUCCCACUGAUACCCCGCCUGAAACUUCAGCCGACGAAGACACAGAACUUGUCAUUAUACUGGUCACCCAUGGCGCUGGCUGCAAUGCCCUCAUCGGCGCCAUGACCAAUCAGCCAGCCCUUCUCGAUGUCGGAAUGGCAUCCCUAACUAUGGCCGUAUUGAAGCCCACACCUCAGAAAACACCGGGCUCGACACCUGGCGUUACACCUGCGCACUCCCAUACGUCGUCUAGAACCACAACCCUCUAUGACGAAUACGACAUCAAACUUAUUAAUUCCACCGAACACAUUCGCCGAACCUCCAAUGCGUCGGCAUCCAGCUCGCGCACACCGUCUGUAAGCGCACUACCCUUCCGUCCACCCAACAGGUACAAUGCAAAUGGUUCUCUCGCAAAUCCUUUCGUGGAGCCAAUCACCCUCAGUGAACCAGUUCGCGCGAUACCUCAGUCUGGUAACUUUGGGAGUAUCAGGCGGACAGCGAGUGUAGCGUCGAGCUCACUCCAUAAAAGCUAUACGCCGGUUGUGAGAGGAAGUAUCGGGCUGUGGUCUGCACCGACCAGGGCCGGCGAAGAGGCUCUCGAGGAAGGGGGCGAAGGCGAUGAUAUGGUACUUAAUUUCGGAGACAUGGCCAUAUCGCCCUCCUCCAACCUGGUGCAGUUUGCAGAGCCGAAGCCAGCGAGGAAACUCUCCAGCAACCACGGCGAGGCAGACGAAGUGGCCCCAUUGAGCGGUGGACUCUGGGGAACACCACGGGCGCCAGCAGAUGCAGGCGUCGUCCCGGAGAGAGGUCACAGCGCCAAGAGACGCUGGAUGAUCAACGAGAAGAGCACAUUAUAGCGAACGUGAGAACAGAAAACAAGGGCAGGGCAGUGUUUAUAGCUUUGGCUGGGCGAUUAUGGUAAUGGGAACUCAUCUCUGGGAGACAUGGGAAACCUAAAUAGCAUUCCUGGGCGAUUGUGAAUGAGGUGGGAUGUGAAGACUUGGUAUUAACAAAGCCGAGGCGGCGCAAGCCAUAGCAAGAAUAAACACCAUGUUUUGUCUCGACCGUAUAAAAAUUUAAUAGCAAGUAUGCCCGCCAGGUUCCUUCGCGUCUUGUUCAGUCGCCGGUGUCUGGAAACAGCACCUCUACAAUCUCACGCCCUUCCAUUUCUUUGCUAAUAUCUUAAGUGGUCAUAUGUUAUUACAUAUCUUAGCUGGA